CGAAAGGAAACAAACAUGGCGGAAAACGGUGCAUACGCGGAGCACUCUUCUCCAGUGAUUGAAGGAAAUGUUGUCCAUGUAGGAGGUGAAACUCACGUACUGAAUUAUGAUGCCAACAUUCUAUCUCUAGACAACGUGAUAGAUAAUUCAGAUGUCAUAGAUAGAGAGGAGAUCAUCGACGAGAUAGACGAUGCAGAUGAUGAAGUUGAUGAAGAAGAUGUUGAGCUAUCCCCUGGAGGAAUCUUGGAUGAGGAAACUGUUGGCCGAGGUCUGUCUAACUUGGGACGAUCAGCUGAUGGAUCCAUGCAGGUCUAUCUACAUGUUACAGUGCCGGGUUUCAGUCUUAAUGAUAUUUCAAUGAUCAAAAUGUUUGUCCAUCUUCAAAAAGUGGAGCUUCCAUACAAUGAAAUAACAGACCUUAGUCCACUGAGUCACCUGAAGUACAUGUUGGUCCUGGAUGUCUCCCACAAUAAAAUCAGUCGCCUCCUCGACUUUGAGCCACCAAAGAACCUGAAGGAAGUCGAUCUCUCAUACAACGAGAUAACGGAGAUGUCAGACUUGUCCCAGCAUCAUUACCUGAUGAAACUCAACCUAGAUCACAAUCAAAUAUCUGAGAUAAGUGGUCUGAAGAACUGUCAAAGACUGCACACUCUACAGUUAGCCCACAAUAAAAUCGCCAAAAUACAAGGACUUGAUCACCUGCCGAUAAAGCAUCUGGACCUGUGCCACAAUCAGAUUAAAAGGAUUGAAAACUUAGAAACAUUGAAGAAAUUACUGAGAGUGAAUUUUGCUGGAAACAACAUCCGAAGCCUGAAGGGAAUACAGGAACAUGACCUUUUGGAGUCCAUUGACCUUGAGGACAAUGAGGUAAUAGAUAUUUCAGAAAUCAAAUACAUACAAGACUUGGAGAUGUUGCGUGUGUUGAAUUUAUUACGGAACCCCAUCCAGGAGCUUCCUGACUACCGCCUGUCUAUCCUGUAUCGGAUACAGAGACUGAACGAGCUGGAUCGUCACCGUGUGGAAGCAGAGGAAAAGGUGGCUUCAGUAAACAUGUUUAACCCACCACUGGAAGUGAUUGCGGCCAGGGACCACAUCAUGCAUGUUGUGUACUCCUUCCUACAGCUGAGCCGAGUCCUUGACAGCACAUUGCCCAGUAUAGAGACACCCUACCCUAUGCUGGUCCUGGUUGGGCCUCAAGGAUCUGGCAAGAAGGACCUUGCCAUGAAGCUGGUCGACGAGUUUUCUGAUUACUUCGGCUAUGCAAUAUCACACACGACACGGAAGAUGCAGCCAGAAGAGACUGACGGGAUUGACUACCAUUUUGUGACUCUCGAAAAAUUUGAAAUGGACAUCAAAAUGGGCCAGUUUAUCCAGACAUACCAGUACCACGGAGAUUGGUACGGCCUACAGAUGGAGUCUAUAGAGAGUGUGGCCAGGGAGGGACUUGCUUGUGUGGUACACAUGGAACUAGAGGGUGUACUGACAGUUAAGAACACCUACUUUGAGCCACGCUAUGUGUUGAUCAUGCCAUUGGGUCAUGACUCCCAUGAGAAACGCCUACGUGACAAAGGGAAUUACACUGAGGGUCAGAUAGAACACACCCUGUCGCGGGCCGAUCUGUAUGCAGGCUACAACCAAGAUCACCCAGGAUUUUUUGAUAUGAUGAUUGAUAGUGAUGACAUCCAGGUUGCUUACAAACGUUUACGGCGCCUGGUGAUGGACUACUUAGGAAUCAGCAUCAACAGAUCACCAGCAGGAUCGAUCGACGGUGACGUAGAAACACAUGCCGAAACUGACGUCCAUGGAACUACACAGUUAGGAACCAGGACUUGGUCCAAACCAAGUAUCGCAGAUAGUGCUGGAAUGUCUCAAGCUUACACACGGACCAAAAAUACACAGUCGCCUGUACAGUCAGGGCGCGGCCUACUGGAAGAGGCGUCUUGGAGAAGAAGACACAGUGCGGCUAGGGACGCAGUAUCGGGGUACAUCCCCCCAUUGUUUGAGCAGAUAGUUACUCAGUAUCCCAAGACAGCACCUCAGACAGUGGAAGGUCAAAUGGGGUUAGGGGACGGAGAGGUCAGCAGGUCAUAUUCCGCCCCUGUACAGAAACCACCACAUGCUGAAUCGGACGAAGAUAGCUCCAGCGACGAACGUUCGGACUCCAUGUUGUCGGUUGCCUCAGCAGGUGAUAUGGGUGGGGGUUCUCCGGAGGGGUCAGUUCACGGUGGUGGUAAAGGUCCUCAGUUACCCACAGAAACCAUGAAUCCCUUAGAGUUUAUGGAGGAGGAAAAAGGAGGGAAAUCUCAAGCCAGUCAACCAGGGGAUCUUCACGAAGCAAGGCCGCCAUCUGCCCCACGACCGGGGUCAAGAGGCCGACCAGGAUCAGACCGACAUAAAGUGCUGCCCCCUAUAUCACCGAUUCAAAAAGUGGACUAUAUUCCUGAAUAUUGAUUGUUAUUGUUUUGAUAUUAUUAUUGACAGAAACUUUAUCAUUUUAAAAUGUGACUGAAACUGUAUGUGGAUGAUGUUUAUCAUAGCAGUGAUUAGAUAAUGGGAAAGCACACUAACAGUGAAACAUUGGCAAGGGGUUUGUUUUCAGAAUUGGUUGUGUUUUGAUUAAUAUGACUAAUACUAUCAUUGACACUUUCAUGAACAAACAAGAUAUAUGGCGUAAGUUGAUAUGAUACAUGUGACUUAAUAUUUAUCAAAUUUGUAUGCUUUUGAUGUAACAAUUGGAUAUGAUAUCAGGAAAGAAAUAUUUACAUAGUACAUUGUAUUGAACAUGUUUUGGGCAAUAAAGUCAUAUCAAGUUUACUGACAAAAGGACUUGAUUUUUUUUUUUUUUUUUUUAAAUAUUGCAGAAAAAAUG